AUGGCUAAGGUCUUCCUCGCCUUGAGCGCCGCCCUCACGAAGGCCGCCCCAGUAACAGCCUCUGUGCCUCUUACCUUCGUGAAUUCAUGCUCGUACCUAAUCAGCCUGUACGACAACAGCGAGACUGAGACCAUCGCGGCUGGCAGCUCCACGUCGCGUGAUUUGGCCAGUGGAUACAACGGCAUGUUCCGCCGCGGUACAGGCGACGAGGCCACCCUCGCUGAGUUCACCGUCUCUGGUGGAUACACCUGGUAUGACAUCAGCGUCAUCCCGCCCGGAAGCAGCAGUUGCUCGUCCUACGAGGCCUGCAAAGAGCUCACCGGCAAGUCCGGCUACAAUGUGGCCAUGAGCAUCGUGCCCGACACGAGCUCAACCAAGUCCGUCUCCAGCUCAUGCGCUACGCUCACCUGCCAGAGUAAACAGUGCUCAGACGCGUACCUGUUCCCGUCCGAUGAUACCAAGACUCACAGCUGUCCAGAUACGCUCCCGUUCACCGUCACCUUCUGCCCCGGUGGGUCCAGUGCUAGCACAAUUACCACGUCGUCUUCCACACAGUCGUCCACCCAGUCAGCGACUCAAUCGACCGCGGCGACUACGGCCCCGGCUGCAACCACUGCGGCCCCGAAAGUUCAAGGCGACUACAAGUCGGGGACUGUGAGCACCACUACCGCUCCGUCCACGGCAACGCAGACUUCGACGUCAACUUCGAGCACCUCAACGACACAGACGUCAACUGGCAGCGCUGCAUCGUUCUCGAGCGCCACUAUCAGCUCCAGUUUCGUGUACAGCGGAACGGAUCCCGGCUCCGGCACCGGCACGUACGGCAAGGUGACGGAGAUGUCUUCGUGCACGACCGGGACCGUGUCCAUCAGUGACCCUGUCGGACCGCUCAGUGAGGAAGUGUCCAUGGUCUUCCGUGGCCCCUUAAGCGAAUGGACCAAGGUGUCGUCCUACAGCCAGAACGGCACCCAGGACAACAUGAUCUUCAUGAACAACCUCAACGUCGACUACACUGGCGCCGACUCGAGUCCUCAGGGUUAUUCGACAGACGAUGGCUCUGGAACUGCAACUAGCUCUACAGUCUUCGGUGGCUCUCUGGCUGAUGCUUCGGACGCCUCUGUGACCGGCGGCGGUCCGUGCGUGUCCACUGGCUGCGAGGUGAACAUCAUGACUGAGACCAACUGUGCCGACCAAGAUGGCUGCAUCGGAUACUACGACGACAUGGGCUUCCACGGCUGGGAUGGCGGCAUGAAGAUGUUCGUCACCAAGGUGCAAAUGCCGACGGGUUCGACCGUCAACCGCCCGGCUAUUUGGAUGCUGAACGCCCAGGUUGUGCGUGCCAACCAGUACGGCUGCAGCUGCCGUGGUGAGGGAUCGGAGGGAGGCUGCGGUGAGCUUGAUAUCGCUGAGGUCAUUGAGACCAACACGGACAAGGACAAGGUGUCCACCCACUACUAUUUCCUCGACGGUAGUGUGUCCCCCGGAGGUGACAACUACGCCGCGCGUCCCACGGACUCGGCGGUAACGUAUGUGACUAUCAUCGACAACUCGAGCUCUGGCACUGUCAAGAUCAUUGAACUGGGUGGUGACGACUUUGACUUCGAUGUCGACGCUGUGUCGGCUGAUCAAGUGACGUCCUGGGUUGAGGCUUCGGUUGAAAAUUUGCUAGGUUAA